AUGGUUAAUUUUAGAUAAAUUAUGCAAAUAGUACUACGCAAAUUUAAUGAUAAAUUGAAUGUAUCAGCUUCUGCUGCUAUGUUAAUUGCUUUUUUUUGUAUAUAUCAAGCCAAAGCAAAACCAUCUUUGCCACUUGUGAAAAUCAGCAAUUUUAUGUUGGUAUUACAAAAGAAAUUAGUUGAAGAAGUAAUUUAUGAUGGAACUCACAUUUUAUUUAGAUGUGUUAAUUAAGCCUAAUGGCUAUCAACACAGGCUGAUCCCAUGAUAAAGGGAAAGGAAUUGCUUAAGGCAUUAAUGUAAGAAUCUCUUAUAUGCAUUAAAGGGAAUAUGGUGUUCCAAGAUUCUAAAAUUCCACUUAAAUCUAUUACUCUGAAAAAUAAAUGAUGUAUUUAAUAAUGAGCAUUGCAGCAUUAUCAUAUACUUUUGGCAUAUUUGCAUCUCAUAUCAUUAAUUUAUAGAAACUUUCUAAUAAAUCUAUGAUUGCCUCUUCUACAGGAGUCAAAUUUGCAAAUAUUUAUGGAUUAGAUCAUGCAAAAAAAUAACUCUAAUAAAUCAUUGAAUAUUUAUAGGAUCCAUAAAAAUUUAGAAAUGUAGGUGCCAGAUUAAGGAGAGGUGUCAUGAUUUAUGGUCCACCAGGUACAGGAAAAACAAUGCUUGCCAAGGCUACAGCAACAGAAAGCAAUGUGUAGUUUUUAUAUUGUUCAGCAACAGAAUUUAUGGAGAUAUAUGUUGGUACUGGUCCAAAGAGAGUAAGAGAAUUGUUCAAAAAGGCAAGAUAAUUAGCCCCAGCUAUUAUUUUUAUAGAUGAAAUUGAUAGCAUAGCAUAUAAAAGGAAAAAUUAAAAUUUUGGAUCAGAAACAGGAGGUGAUAAUGAAAGGGUAAGUACUUUAAAUUAAUUACUCACAGAAUUAGAUGGAUUUAAAGAAAAUGAAAAUAUUGUUGUUAUUGCAGCAACUAAUAGAAUUUAGAUUUUAGAUGAAGCUCUUUUGAGAAGUGGUCGAUUCGAUAUUAAAAUAGAAAUCUAAUUACCUUCAGAAAAUGAUAGAAAAGGUAUUCUUGGUGUUCAUUUACAUAAUGUAAUAGAAUAAUUUAUGAUUUCUUUAGAAAAAACAUUAGAUUUCUUCUGGAAUGAUUGAAUUAGUAGCCAAGAAUGCAAAUGGCUUUUCUGGAGCUGAUAUGGAAAAUAUUACAAACGAAAGUGCAUAUAUAGCCAUAGAAAAAUAAUAAGAAUUCAUUAUUGAUUCAGACUUUUAGGAGGCCUUUAAAAAGGUCACUUAAGAGAAAUAAAAUUUUAGGGACUUAUGA